AUGACAAACAGUGUAAGAAGACAGGCGUUACACUCGCUUAAACCAGAACGAAACAAGACAAAGAGACGAUCAGCAGUCGUAUCUAACAAAAUCAAAGCACGGAAGAAAGGCACGAAGUCUACCAAACGUACGAAAAAGGGAGGCAAAAUUGUUAAAUACAAGGAAAUACAUGCUGUUGGAAGGCGGGCAUCUUCGCAAUUUGUGACGUAUUCCCAAGACGGACGCUUGUUCUACGAUCUCUAUGCACGCCACACUCCGUACACGUCCAGCAUCAAAACGGCCAAUGUUCCAACUAGUCCUUCUACUCCUGAUACGGAGGCUGCCCGUAGUCCACCAAAACGUGCCACAACCGGCAUCGCCUCACCCAGCCUUAUGAAAACGCGUUCUACCCCCAAAAGACCAGCUGCUUCACCAAAACCAGAGAACAAAAUUACUUCAAGAAAAAAACCUAGUCCACCUAGAAAAGUAAAUGUCUCUAUUCGUGGCAGGCGCGACAAAUCUGUCCCUCAGAGGCAACAAACUAUACACACCAAAAAGGAGACCGCAAGGAUCAAACUAGAGCGCAAGCUGAAACGUGAGUUAGGAGUAGAUUCGAUACCCCAGAUACAGGCUGUCAGCAAACGGCUAGCAAGUAUUAAUGCGGUUGCCAUCAUCAAUGCGGUGACAAAAGAUUCUAAUAAGCGUUUGGCUUUGGGCGAAAAGUCCACGUCGAAUCGUCGUCGUUGGUCCGCUGAUACAAUGCCUUGUGUGGAGGACGAGCCAGAACAGGUUCAUGAAGCCGCUUCUAUACAUUCUGAUGAUGCGCUCACUGAACCGAUGAGUCUAUCACCCACAGCUGUAAUGGGGAAAAAGCCCACUGUUCUUACUCCUCCCACACCGACCACAUCGGUUUCAUGCACUUUGUUACCGUCGCUCAAAGUCGCCAGGGUGGCCCAAACACCACAAAAGGUGCGGAAAAGUUGUCCACCAACUGUGAUAGAAGUGGCAAAAGAAUGCACAUCAGGUCCACUUACAGUGCCGCACACUACUAUUGCUGCUCCUUGUCAAGAUUUAGUUCCUUCUAAGCCACAUACAUCGACAGUCGAGAGUUAUCAUACUGAACAGCUUAUCCCUCUGGGCCCAAGUGGUUUUGGUUUUCAACAGAUCACAACGCAAGUAAUUCGUUAUGCACAACCCGAUUGUUCAAUGAUGAUGAAUAACAAUUCCGUACCUACUCAGGUUGCACCCAGUGGAUCAGUCCCAGCACCCACUGCGAUGCCAGUUGCGAUUCGUGCUUCAGGAGAUUUGAGCCAGACUGUGCAUGCUCCGGACUUCUUCAACCCCAACCGUGCACAUACGUUUCUUACCAGUAUUCCACUUCCUGUACUCACUCCGAUGCCCACGGUGACUGCAUGGCCGACCAUGAUUCAUCCGUAUGCUCAGAUUGCGCAACCUAUACACACACAGCUGUCUCAUCCGAAUUCAGCUAUUCUCAUUCCAUCAUUCAUUCCAGUUCCAGCUCAGUUUCAAUGCUCCGUGAUGCCAAAUAUUGUACCGCACCAAUUUGAUCAUUCACAAAAUUUACUUCAACGUACUCCUCAUCCACCAGCACUCGUACCGUCUCCAAUGUGCAACUUUUCCCCAGUUCAACCAUCCAUGACCCCUUCAUUUAAUCUCAUCCGAUCUGUUCCACCUACGUUGUACUACUCUGCGUCUCCGUCUCCUUUUACGAUGCGAGACAAUGCACUACCCUUACCGACCCACGCUUCACCUAUAACCGUAUGUACUCCAUCUCCAUUGGGCUUGCAAUUACCUGUAUGCAACCAACCGAUGUUUUCUUCAUCCACCCCAGCCACCAUAUCUAUCCCUGUGCCUUCUUUGCCACAGGGUCCUCAUACUGUUUCUGCUCCGACACCAACUCUGAUUCCCGCACCAUCCGCUCNUUCUCUGUUCCAUCUGCCCUGA